GGAGGAGGAUGAAGAAGAAGAAGAAUGUUCUAGUUCCGCGUUCGGGCUGGAUGUAUCACGGAAUAUUCAGUUCUAGUGCACCCAGUUCAAGCAUAAGUGGCAGCGCUGUGAGAGCAGUCGCCGACAAAAUCACAAGGGCGUGUCUUGAUGGAACAAAAGACUGGCCUUGAGGGACUGGCGGAGGAGAACCAAGUGUGGUUGCAGUUCGACCCAGGUUUUGGCGCGGAUGAACCACAUGGUGGGAGUUUUUGGAAGCAAUUCGAUCCAUAUGUAUAUCCUUCAUGGUUGUUCAACGUUCAAGGCUCGAAGAACAACGGCCUAUUAUUUGUGAGGAAAGAUUUUACACCACACCCCCUUCUUCAAGACUGCUUCGGUCUUGCAAGUACAUCAUUCACUGCUUCAAUGUGCCAAAUGGAUGGCGCUGUUGUGAUGGUUUUCCAGCGCCUUCUGAGACUCCAGGGCGGUGUUAAGGGAUGUUUCUGCUGUUGCCUCGGACAGGAGAUGACAAUUGGAGUUCCUGUUCGAAGAGAAAUAGCGUCUAUUUCCGAAGAUUGGACCAUAUGGGAUACCUCCCUCACAAUUUAUGACGCCAAGGGAAUACCUAUGUUAAAGGUUACUGGCCCAACUCUCCCGUCGUAUUGGUCCGGCGUGAUCUCAACGGAAGUGUUCAAGGUGAAAACAGUUGCAGGCACUGUAGUAGGCGAGAUAUGGGCAGAACAUGACAUCAUCAGAGUCACCUUCCCCGUCAACCUGGACGUCCACAUCAAAGGAUGUCUCAUCGGUUGCGCCAUUUUGGUCGCCUUCAUGUUUGACUUCAGGGGUUGCGCCAAAAACUGCGACCAACUAUUGAAGCGGUGCGUAAGUGACCUACAACGGAAUACGACUGCCGGAGUUUGACGAUUGUUCGAUUGACGGAGAGGUGCCUGUUUUAUACAUAGCUGGACGUUUCCUCGUCCAGAGCUGUUCCACGGUGGAAACAGCCGUUCAUAGCCAAUGGUCACCAUGUUCCCUGAGGCAAACAAUAUAGUGAGUGCAAUACGAUCAUCGAUGCGGGAACAUCCUGUCCGUCGAGUGCAAAGACUGUAUAAAGGUGCUACGUAUAAUGUUUCAGAUCUGAAAUGUGAUGAAAGUGCAGUCAGUAAACCCGGCCUAAAAGUCGCA